AGAUCCGCACGUGACCACUUGACUGUUGCCAGUCACAUGAUACAGCGUGACGUCAUCGCUGUCAGCUGAGCAAAGAAGCUAGUUCGGUGGUGUCUCCCUCACAUUCUGUCUCGACAAAAAGGUGCAUCCAGCAACCGCUCAGGAUGGAUAUCCGCGGGGCCGUGGACGCCGCCGUCCCCACCAACAUCAUCGCUGCCAAGGCGGCGGAGGUUCGCGGCAAUCCAGUCAACUGGCAGUCGUACCUGCAGAGUCAGAUGAUCUCAGGAGAAGACUGUGAGUUCAUCAAGAAGUUUGAGGUGGCCAACUCUGAAGAGAAGCAGCUCAUUCUGACCAAAGAAGGACAUCAGUGUGCAAAGACCUUUCUGAACCUGAUGGCACACAUCUCCAAGGAGCAAACCGUCCAGUACAUCCUGACACUCAUCGAUGAUACACUGCAGGAGAAUCAUCAGAGGGUGAGCAUCUUCUUUGAAUAUGCAAAGAAGACAAAAAACACAGCGUGGUCCUAUUUUCUCCCUAUGCUGAAUCGCCAAGACCUCUUCACUGUCCACAUGGCGGCGAGGAUCAUCGCCAAGUUGGCCGCAUGGGGCCGCGACCUGAUGGAGGGAAGUGACCUGAACUACUACUUCAACUGGAUCAAAAGCCAGCUGAGCUCGCAGAACCUACACGGUACAGGUCCAGAAGCCGUCUCCGGAGCUGGAACUAUUUCCCCCAGUGAAAGCUCUCAGUAUGUGCAGUGUGUGGCCGGCUGCCUUCAGCUUAUGCUGAGGGUCAAUGAGUACAGGUUCGCCUGGGUGGAGGCCGACGGGGUUAACUGCAUCACGGCGGUGCUGAGCAACAAGUGCGGCUUCCAGCUCCAGUACCAGAUGAUCUUCUGCGUGUGGCUCCUGGCCUUCAGCCCGCAGCUCUGCGAGCAGCUGCGACGUUACAAUGUGGUGCCGGCCUUGUCCGACAUCCUUCAGGAAUCCGUCAAGGAGAAGGUCACCCGGAUCAUUCUGGCUGCCUUCCGGAAUCUCCUGGAGAAGUCAUCGGAGAGGGAGACGCGCCAGGAGUACGCGCUGGCCAUGAUCCAGUGCAAGGUGCUGAAGCAGCUGGAGAACCUGGAGCAGCAGAAGUACGACGACGAGGACAUCACCGAGGACAUCAAGUUCCUGCUGGAGAGGCUGGGGGAGAGCGUGCAGGAUCUCAGCUCAUUCGACGAGUACAGCUCCGAACUCAAAUCAGGCCGCCUGGAAUGGAGCCCGGUGCACAAGUCUGAGAAGUUCUGGCGGGAGAACGCCGUCCGCCUCAACGAGAAAAAUUAUGAGCUGCUCAAGAUCUUAACCAGGCUCCUGGAAGUGUCUGACGAUCCUCAAGUCAUAGCGGUGGCGGCCCACGACGUCGGCGAGUACGUGCGGCACUACCCGCGCGGCAAACGGGUGAUUGAGCAGCUGGGCGGGAAGCAGCUGGUGAUGAAUCACAUGCACCACGAGGACCAGCUCGUGCGCUACAAUGCCCUGCUGGCCGUGCAGAAGCUCAUGGUCCACAACUGGGAGUACCUGGGCAGACAGCUGCAGUCCAGCGACCAGCAACAAGCUCCAGCUGUGGCGGCUCGAAGCUGAACUGGCCACGUGUGUGUGUGAAUGUGUUAUCCGUGCUUGUGUGUGUGUGUGUUCUCUAUUUAAUGACUCAUAAGAUGAAGCAAGUGAUCAUUCCUAAUUAGUCUCUCGUGUUGUGAAGUGCGAUGUCUCUGAUUAAAUGUACAAAGUUAUUUAAAUCUUGCCUGUAUAAGAAUGUAUGUGAUAUCCCCUACAUAAAGAUGAUUAAGUACGCCA